UAGUUAUUCAUAUCCAGGACACAGUAUAUAAUGGGGAGAAAACUGGAUCUUUCUGGCUUGACUGAUGAAGAAGCAGAGCAUGUACUCCAGGUGGUUCAGCGAGAUUUCAGCCUUCGUAAAAAAGAAGAAGAAAGGCUGAGUGAGAUGAAGCAGAAGUUGGAUGAAGAGGGUAACAAGUGCAGCAUCCUUUCCAAGCAGCAGAAGUUCAACGAGCACUGCUGUAUUCGCUGCUGCUCCCCUUUCACAUUUCUUAUCAACAGCAAGCGACAGUGCCAAGACUGCAAGUACAACAUCUGCAAGAACUGCAGUACUUACCAGAAGAAGGAGAAGGCUUGGAUUUGCAGCGUCUGUCAGCAAGCAAGGCUCCUAAGGACCCAGUCUCUGGAUUGGUACUAUAAUAAUGUCAAAAGCCGCUUUAAGUGUUUUGGAAGUGCCAAAGUCCUGAAGAACCUGUACAAGAAGCAUAGACUGGAGAGCGGAGUUUGUCCUGAUACAAUAGCUGAAGGGAGUUUGUUUGAAGGAAGCAUUGAGAAUGAUGGAAGCAUUUGUGGCAGUGACUCUACAUUCUACCAACAGACAGAAGGACACAGCAUGAUGGAUACCCUUGCUGUGGCUUUACGUGUUGCAGAGGAAGCAGUGGAAGAAGCUAUUUCUAAGGCAGAGACCUACAGUGACAGCCUGGACAAGCAGAAUGAAGCGUGUUACUUGCAGGAGCACAAGGAGGACCUCAUAGAAGAGCUGGCCACAACCAUUGUGCAGAAGAUUAUAAAGAAGCAGAAAAGCAAAACUGAGCAGGCCGAGGCCGACUUUGAAUGGCCGCCAUCCCGGAGCAGUGGCCUGGCGUCUGUCGCUGUCUCAGAUCAGAGCAUGCUGACUUUUCCAGGGAGCCGCAGGGGGUCCUACACGUUAUGGAGGUCUCAGUCUGCAUUCUCCCUGGCUAGUGAAGAUACGACCAGUAAAGGACAAGACUCUGCAUCAUCUGUGACCGAGGCUCCAAGGCAGCAAAAAGGGCAGUCCAGGAAGCAGAAGGAACACAAACUUUCUCCAUUACCCAGCUGGAAGAGUGUGGACAGGCUAAAUGAAACAAGUCCACCUUCUGUUUUGCAAAGCACUGAUGGAAACUGGGUAGCCUUGCAGAAUGUCGCUUUGCCUCGUCCUCGAAUGCUUGCCAAACCAAAGAGUCAGGUAUUCAGAGCUUUGGAGAAUGAGUCCAAUGUUGUGUCUGCCUAUGACGAGAUGGGCUCAGACAGUGAGGAUGACUACGACUGGAAUGUGGCCUUGAACAAGCUGCGUAGGAGACCUCGACAAUUACCAGACGAUUUCUAUUAUACCAAUUCCCAGUACGGUACCAAAUGGGUUUAUGGCAAUGAUCAGUACCAGGCAGUGACCUCCCCUUCCUCUGGGUUAUACACCAAUACUGAGACACAGUUCUCUGAUUCAGAAACAUCUUCAGUAAACUCUUCCCAGGAAGCUAAAGGACCUAGCAAACUUCUCUGGUUGCAAAGCAGAACUCAAAGUGAUAUGCCCAGAAUGGAAAAGAAACAUUUCCAUGGAGAACUGGAUGUAAAUUUUAAUCCACAGGCAACUAGCUUAGAGUAUUCAGACAGCAGUGAGACUGAAGAAGUCCAUUAUGAUUUAGAAAAGAGAUCAAGAAGGUGGAGGAAGAACAAAGCAACCUCUGAAGAAUUAUGUGAAGACAAGAAUCAGGCAAAAACCAGCAAGAUGAAUAUAAGUCAGGAUUUUGAUGAUUUAUCAGAGACAGAUAUAAGCAAUGAAGAUCAGCACCAUAAUAUCAAGCCUGACCUUAUGGAGGAGGAGCUUAAAUCCAGGUUAUUUCAGCUUGCUGCUAAAAUGAGUGACAAGGAAACAUCUUCUGGUGAAGAACAAGAGUCAGAACCUGGAAUGGAUCCUGAAAACCAGAAGGAGAGUUUGUCCUCAGAGGAAAAUGGCAGAAGUAUUCAGGAAGAGCUAAAGAAGAAGUACUCUGCUGUCUCUCUCUGCAACAUAUCUACAGAAGUCCUGAAAGUCAUCAAUGCCACUGAAGAACUAAUAGCAGAAUCCACCGAUCCCUGUGAUUUCCCAGAUGACAUUCAGGACAGAGGAAGAGGGACCCUCCCAUUGGGUACAGACCCUGUCAGACUUGAUGAGCAGCUCACCACACUGGAAGAAAACGUGUACCUGACAGCCAGCACGGUGUACGGGCUGGAGGGGCAGCUGACCAACCUGGAAGACGCCGCACGCAAGAUCAACAGUGUUACUGAAGAAUCUGAGCUGGCCGAUCUGGAGGAUCAGGUGGCCACAGCAGCUGCCCAGGUUCAUCAUGCAGAGCUUCAGAUUUCAGAUAUUGAGAGCAGAAUAUCAGCUCUCACUGUUGCAGGCUUGAACGUGGCUCCCUGUGUUCGCCUGACAAGGAAACGGGAUCAAAAGCAAACAAACCAGAUGCAUACAAUAGACACAUCAAGACAGCAGAGGAGAAAACUUCCAGCUCCACCAAUAAAAGGUGAAACAAUAGAUGGUUCUCCAGUUACCACUGUCAGAACGUUUAACAGAAACUUCAUGCUUCAAGGAUCUCUAACACAAAGAACUAAAGAGAGGAAAAGCACUGCCAAGGACUUAAUGGAACCUGCUAUAGGAUCUGCUGUGAUGUACUAAACUUAAACUUCCCUACUGCCAAUAACACACUGCCUAAGGCUGUACACUAGAGUGCCUUUACUUAACAGCCAUUGCAUAUGUCCAGCUGAAAAUGGACCCUCAAGAACCCACAGAGCCUCAGUUAUAGGGCUUCAUUUGGAUACCUCACUGAGAAAGCUGUCCAAGUCUUCAGCAUUGUGGUCUGCUACAGGAAACUCUGCCUUAAAGUUCUCACAGGACUCUAGACAGGAUGCUGAGUUUCAAAAGCAAGGCUCCACAUUUUAAGAUGCACUUUUUCUCCCUAUUGAUUGUACUAAAGUAUGUUGUCUUUAAACUGCAGUAUGUUUUUGUACACUCAAUCAGUCAUAAUUAUAGGCCAAAUUAUCUGCCAAAGCAGACCUGUGAUCCAUAUUUGCUGGCCUCUUACUAUUCACGUAGGCAUCCGUCUUGUUGAGCAAUAAGAACAACUCUGUGCAGUGUGUGCCGCUUUUCAGCUGCAUGGUGGGUGUGGAGAAUCAGUGUAAGUUUUGAGAGGGUUUGUAGGAGGAGAUGUGAUGUGCAAAGUUUUCUCUGUUCACUGAGGGUACGUUUGGCAGAUUGAAUGCUCUAGAGCUAGGUAAAUUGCUCUUGGCAGCAUGGGGAGCAUGGAUGUCAUGUUGAACCAUGAAUUGGUGGCCACACAUGUGGACCAGAUGUCUGUUGAGUUACAGUCCUGGUGUCUGGAAACAUCUGAACACUGUUGUGAAACCAACACCUUUGUAUGUCUUGUUCUUCUUGGUAGCAUUGUCCACUUGAUGGUGGCCAACCACGCUGUAGUUCAGAAUAAAUUCUGUCCAAACCUUUAAGAUUGGAAAAAGAAAGUAAAAGUGUUGUGGAUGAGAUCUCUGCUGACUGACUGGUGGUUGUAGGGUGACUGCAGCCUGUAAGAGGUUCCUUUCUAAUGUUCCUUGGUGUUUCUGAGAAGGGGGCAAAUGUAGCCCAGACAACUCUUCCUUCACUAGUCUGUAGCCAACAUAGAGUAGCUGAGUCCUGUUGCUGGUGCCACAUGUACCCCACUACCACUGGACCACUCUGAAUUCAAUUGUGAAUAGUAAUAUUUCUUCUUUCAUUCCUUGAGACCUUUAAAAGGUGAGUCAAACUGGAAGACCCUUGAGCAGAAGUCCUGGAGGAAUAUGCUGCUAACAGGGUGUUCCUCUCACCCCCUGGGGAAGGGUGUUGCCAAUUCAUGGUAUUUUAUGCUCUGAAGAAUACAAAGGAGGUAGUUAGAGGAGGUGAUAAGCCAGUGAAUCCCUUGCCUUCCACACAAGUGGCAGAGCAGGUACCCAAAUGCAGACAGGGUUGGCAUGAAAUGUGCUGUCAAGAAGGGCACAGGCUAGCAAGUUCCACCUCAGCACUGAGGAGUGGCUAGCCCUCCAGGGAGCCCUGGGUACUAGGAAGGGAAGAGGGUUCCUUCUUUCCCUGGGCUCCCAGUGAACACCCACAGGCAGAGUGUCACAUGUUACCUGCCAUACAGCAGGAAAGCAGUCCUCUCAGACACCAGGCCAUGAAAUGUCUGUGGUUAGGCAAAUAUGAGCAAAACUGGGCAAAUUUCCUGACUAGGCUGCAUUUAGGGGGGCAAGUGGGGAAGACAAGGAAUGGCUGGAUGAGUUGGUUGGAAAAAUGGUUCCAGAUGCAAAUCUGCUACCCACAUCUGACAUUUAGCUUGUCAAUACUCUGAUGUCCAGCUGCAUGUAAGGAACCCUUGGAAUAAAUACAACCAUCUUCCCACCUAGAAUACAUAAGCAUCAUUCCAUCCCUUCAAGGAAUUUCCAUCUGCCCAAGAUCUGAACCAGUGUGUUCAUUCUGGGUGAAAUUAGGCCUUCUUUUACUCUCACACAAUACUAGUUCUCUAAAAUUGGUUUGCACAGAUGUGAGGGCAGAAUUCGGCCCACUCUGUUUAAUAUAUAAAUAUAUACAUAAAACAAAUAGAUUUUAUUUAUAUAUGCAAUCCGGUAAAGGAGAUUAAACAGAGUAGGAUGCCUAGUAAUUUUUUUGUUAUUCAGUCUUCUCCUCCAUUGACUGUUCUCGUGUAUGUAUACAAUACAUUCCCAGGUUCUGGUUUAUGCAGGUAUGCGUGUUAUGAAAUGUCAUUAAUGGUGGUUGGUCUGCAUAUUUGUUUAAUAAAUAAUAACUAAUAUUGUGUAUGUAAUAUCAAUACAGAAAUUACUAAUUUUAAUAGAAUAAUUCUUUGGCUUUUGUUCUGUUAGUGUGAUUUAAACAAGCCAAUGAAGUUUGGAAUAGGUUGUUUUCCUUAAGAGGCAUGAAAAGCAACUAUUAUCGUGUUACAAUGUUAAAAUAUUCAGUCUUCUUUGACAGAAAAAUGUGUACUGUGUAGGCAUUGCAAAAAAAAAAAAAAUUUAAAAAAAUCCCACCUGCUCUAAGGCAUUUGAAUUUUUACAAAUGUUUAUUGUGCCAAAUACGUGCAAAGAUAUAAUUUCCUGUUUUAAAAAAAUCAUAAAAACAUAUGUUAUAGCACACAAAGAAUUAUUUUGUCAUCAAGUGAUUUCAAUCUUUAGUGUUAAUAUUUAUAAUUAGAUUAAUUUUUAUAAAUGAAAAUAUUUUAAUGGGUAAAAUCAAGACUAUAUGAUCUAUUUGAUUAAGUCUGAGUGAAUAUUAAGCUUGCCUUGUUGUUGUUAUCUGCAUACUCACCAAGAAUUAUAUGUCAAGAGAAAUUAUAAAAGAGUAAAAGCGAUUUAUGAAAAGAAUGCCUUUUCAAGGACUUGAUUCAUAAAGAAAAACAAAAAGUU